UUAUAGAAAAAAGUAAUAAGAAUGUGCAAGAAUGGGCAAGAACUCUUGUUGAACAAAUAAUAAUCCAAGAUGGCGUCUCACGGGAAAGGAACUAACAAUCCCAAUGUGAAAAUCGCUGCAGGUGCUAUGGUCUGUGAAGACUGUGAGCUGAUAGGAGACAUCACAAUUGGGUCUCGAACCAUCAUCCACCCGAAGGCCAAAAUUGUCGCUGAAGCAGGGCCCAUUGUUAUUGGAGAUUUCAAUAUCAUCGAGGAACUAGUGACCAUCACCAAUAAGUCCUCCAGCGAUGGCAACAGUGGCAAAGUCCUCAUCAUCGGGAACAACAACGUCUUUGAAGUCGGUGCCAAUGUCGAGGCAAUUAGAAUCGGGGACCACAAUGUGAUAGAAGGCAAAGCCAGCGUGGGCUCCCAGGUGGAGGUGUCCAACGGCUGCAUCAUCGGCGCCGGCUGCCAGCUGAACAUGCCGGAACUUGUGCCCGAGAACACGGUGGUCUACGGGGGGAAGUGUGAGCGACGGACUCAGAGGGAGAGACCUCCGGCACAGACGCUGCAGAUAGAUUUCCUCACCAAGAUCCUGCCCAACUAUCACUACUUGAUGAAGCCCAACCUACAGCCCAGACAAGCGUCCGUCAAGAAGUGAAUCUUUUCCUCUGUCUUUUGUCACAGUGGAGAAAGAAAUGAUUAUUUUAUUGUUAAAUCUAUAAUUUAUUUUGGUGGGGGGGGGGGGGGUCGGUCAAGGGAUGAUAAGCUUAUAGACAACAAACAUUUCUGUGAUUUCUCACAAGCUGAGAUAGAUGGUGGAAGUUUUUAGUGCUACAAGAUGCCACAAGGUGCCGCAAUAUGGGACAAGAUGCUUCAAGACAUGAAGAGAUGCUACUGGAUGUUUAUGAUUGCUGGAAAUAUCCCCCGGAGAGAGUUGGCUUGAUUAUGACGAUGUCUGCAGCUAUUUGUCUGCUUUCGAUUUCGCAUAUUUUGUCAAAAUUAUGUUUUUUAAAGCAAGGCUUUUUGGGCUAAUUAUCACAUGCUUUGCAACUUAUUAGGGUUCAUCUUGUUUUUACAAGGGUGGGAGAUGUGUCUUUGAUAUGAGAUUGGUUUGUAAAGAUGUUGGUUUUGUUGCUUGAAAAGUGUUAACUCUUUAUACCCCAUGGUAAUAAGCCUGUUCCCCCAUCGGAUGCUGGGAGCGGUCAGUACUAGUGACAACUGUUUCUUUUUAUUUAGUGCUAGUUCUUGCUUGUUUUUUGGAACUAUUCCCGAAGCAAGUUUAUUAGUAAUGACUAAGCUUUUGUUACUGCCAUUUAGAAGUUACAGGUAAGUUUUUGGGGUUAUAACGAGACAUAGUGGGCCAGGUUUAGGUGACUGUAAAAAAAAA